AGCUAUAAAGAACAGACCAAAUCCCCAGGUUCAUUUUUGCUCGUUAUUUUUUGUUAGUUCCGAUCUCUCCGGUACGAGUCGCCACUGUUCUGAGAAUUGAGAUAGUAGUGCGACUCAGCAAUAAGUCAGAAGGUCUUUUAUUUUCUAAAUACGUAGAUCAGAGAGUAAAUCUGAUAAAGAUAUAAUCUAUCGGCUAUGCAUCGUUACUCGUGAUAAUUGUGUAAUUAAGUAACUAAUUAAACAAAACGAUUGCCUCAAACAUGCCAAAACGCGCGUGCCCUUACGAGGAAGACUUGUUGCCGCAAAUAAAAAUACACGUGGGACAGAAACAAGUAGACAACGGUGUGGCCAGUGACAAGCGGCUGAAGAAUGUUUACGAUAAAACUUUGAACCUGCUUAAGGCAGGUGCUAAAGCAUUGUCACACAAAUCAAGAAAAUCCACGCAAAUGGAUCUUACAGACUUGCCUUUACCACCACUACCACCAUCGUCUUGUAAAUUAAAAUCUAUAUCCAAUUUGAAACAGAUGCAAUUGACCAAUAAAUUACAACUGAUGGCUAGUGACAAAAUCAUCAGUGACAUACAAGUGGAUACAUGUGGAUAUUGCAGAGUGAUAGAUCAAUCUACAGUAAACAGAUGUUAUUACUGUGAUCAAAUAUUAUGUGCUUCUUGUCUGUCUGCGUGCGUCCGAUGCUCAGAAUUAUUCUGCCAGAAUUGUUCUUUAUUCAUAUAUAAUCAGGAAGAACAAAAAAUGUGCCUCAAUUGCCAUCGAUAACUGUCAAAGAAGAAGACAUAUUUUUGUGGAUGAGCUUUUUUAAUUAAGUUUUAACUUAUGGUUUUAUUGUGUAUUUUAUUGUGAUUUUGUAUGUGCUUAAAUUAUUUGUACCGUUAGUAAUAGCCAAUGAUAAGGAAAUAGUUUUACUGAAGAUUAUAAGAAUUCUCUCUAAUUGUGUCUAAAUAGUAUUAAGAUGUAAGAUACUCUCUGUAUAUUAAGAAUUUUAUAAUUCAAUCUGCUAGAUAAGAUUUUAUAUGUGCAUAUCUAUAUAUAUAUAAAAGAAUAUAAGGAGAAUUUUAAUAAACUAAACUAAUUAAAAUUAGCAAAUGUAUGUAAGUUGAUUUUGAAAGUGGUGCACAACUCUGAGAAAGAUCGAUAAUUUGAUUGCUAUACAUUACAAAUAUCUAUGUCAAGAGGAGAAAGGAGGAAAUAGAUUUCCACCACUUUCAAAAUUAGUAACUCAUAUAUUUACAAAAAAGCUGUUUUAAUACUAAUCUAAUGUUAUUCUAUAUAUGUGUAAAAAGCGUGUUAUACACGCAUAUUUUAGAUAAUGUUAACAAUUUUAAUAAUGCGAUACAAUAAUAUCUAUGCAAUUUGAAAAGAAAUAA